AUGCCGGAUGAUUUUUCACAUCAUUCUCUCUCCCAACAUACCAACACGGCCACCUCCAGUGGGAGUCAGGCAAUUCGCACCCCAACUCCUAUUCCAGUCUUCCAUGCUCCAACUCCAGUUCAGGCCCAAUCACUGCAAUAUCAACCUCAGGGGUUCAAUGGCUUGAUGCAGCCAAACCCCCAGGCAUACGUACAAUAUGGGCCAUAUGGGCAGGUGUACGGACAAGCUCCCUAUCUGACUGGACCGUCCAUGCAACCGCAACCCAUUGAUUGGCAGAUGCGCCUACUUACUCUGGGAGAUAAGACGCCCCCGUUUUCGCAAGAUAUCCUAAAUGCCCCUCAGCCACUAAAGGUGAAGAGUGUACUUGUGGGAGCCUAUGAUGGCACGGGCAACCCAGAGGAGCACAUCACCUCGUACAAGAACCUGAUGUAUUUGCAAAGUGUAGAUGAUUCUACGUGGUGCAAAUGUUUCCCAGCCACUCUGAAGGGUGUGGCACAGGACUGGUUCAAUAGUUUGCCGGCUGGUUGUAUCAAUUGUUUUACCACUCUUAGUUUGCUGUUCGUGGGAAAUUUUUCAUACAACAUACCACCUCGAAAGACUAGCCUUAACUUGGCGACAAUCAUCCAAGAAAAAAAUGAGGGCUUACGCUCGUACGUCCAACGAUUUAACCAAGAAAAAGCCCAAAUUCAUAAUUUACCGGAUGAAAUGGCUUACUCUGAAUUUCUCCGGGGAUUAAGGCACAAUGGUUUUAAAUUUGACUUGGAUAAGUUUGAGUUUGAGAAGCCACAGCCGCUGAGAGGCCCAGCUCAGUACAGGAACAAGAACAAGUAUUUUCAUUACCACAAGGACGUGGGACAUGACACAAAUGAUUGUAUCAACUUGAAGAGACUGCUGGACAAAUUGGCCGAGAAGGGCAUGCUGAAUUCAUAUGUGAUGAAGUCCAAAUUCACUUACACACGGACAAACAACACGUCCGAGCAAAGACAGAAGAAUGAUAAGAACAAAGAUAAAGAGGAUGACGGCAACAACACUGAUUCGGGCUUUGUGGCCGUGAUAUUAGGAGGAUUUGCCUCAGGCGGUCCCACUAAGAGAGGGAUCAAGCAGGAUGCUUGGAACUUGGGAAAGGUGAUGCAGAUGGAUUCAGUGAAGGCUGAACCCUUCCCCGAGGUAAUUAUCAGUGAGGCCGAUCGGGGGGAGGUCAAAGCCUUACACAAUGAUCCCAUGGUAUUCAUUAUGAAGAUAGCCAAUCUAAAGGUCGGACGAAUAUUGAUAGACACAGGUAGCGCGGCUGAUAUAAUCAGCCUGGCCGCCUUGAAAAAUCUAAGCUUCCCAGAGGAUGCUCUCUAA